CACGAGUCCGCCGCCAGUGCGCUGCGGUCGCAGCUAGAGGUGCUUGGCUCCGAGCUCGCGGCGCUUCGUGCUGUGCAUGAGGAGCGGCUUGCGCAGAUGGAGGGCUCCGAGCAGCGCUCCCUGGAAGGUGCUGAUGCAAUUUCCCGCUUGCGCGCGGAGGUCGCCGGGCAGCAGGCGGCUCAUGCAGAGGCGACCUCGGUGCUUCAACAGCAGCUUGAUGCUGCCCGCGAGCAGGCCUCGCAGCAUGAGACAGCUGCCAGCGACUUUCAAGCGCAGCUCAAACAGCGGGAUUCAGACCUCGCCGCACUACGGGAUGGGUCGGCCGCGAUUCAGCAACAGCUUGCGGACAUGCAGAAGGAGGCUUCUGGGCAUGCGGCUGCAACUGGGAAGCUGCAGGAGCAGUUGGAGGCCCGCAGCUCGGAGCUCUCUGCGCUGCAAGACUCGUAUGACAAGCUUGGUGCCAUUGCCGACGAGCUGGAGAUGCAGCUUGGGUUGCGUAACGCGGAGCUUGAUGACCUGCAAGCCACCUACGAUGAGCGGCUAGCGCGGUUCCAGGAUGCUGAGAUGCGGUGCGAGGAGGCGGCUGCCACGAUUUCCGCGUUGCAGGCAGAGCUGGCUUCGGCACGGACGGCCCAUGAUGUGGAAACAGCAGCCCUUCAGCAGGAGCUUUCUCAGCUGCGGGAUCGAGUAGCCAAGCACGAGCUGGCUGCUGACGAGUUAGCGGUGAAGCUUAAGCUGCGCUCUGCUGAGCUUGCUACACUGCAGGCCGCUUACGAGCAGCAGCAAUCGCAGCUACUUGAUGCUGAGAGGCGCGGCGAGGACACUGCGGGCGCCUUGGUCGAGCUGCAGUCUAAGGCAGCUCAGCAGCUGGCAGCGCAUGGGGCAGAGAUCUCCGCCCUCCAACGCCAGCUUGCGGAGCUACAGGAGCAGGAGAUUCAGAACAGCUCCAUGAUUAGUGAUUUGCGUGCUCAGCUAGAUGCGAGUGGUGCGGAGGUUUCCCAACUGCAGGCUCAGCUGGAUGGGCGUGCCGCUGAGAUUUCGGGGCUAGAGACGCAGCUGGAGGCACGUACAGCUACAAUUCUGGAACUGCAGAUUCAGCUAGAGACGCGUGCGGCUGAGGUUUCAGAGUUGCAGGGGCAGCUGGAAGGGCGCAUCGCCGAGCUCUCUGAGUUGCACGCUAAGCUGGAGUCCCGUGCAGUUGAGGUUACGGACCUGCAGUCGCAGCUAGAGGCUCGUGCCGUUGAGGUCUCCGACCUGCAGUUGCAGCUUGGGGCUCGUGCCGCCGAGAUUACGGACCUGCAGUCGCAGCUAGAGGCUCGUGCCGUUGAGGUUACGGACCUGCAGUCGCAGCUAAAAGCUCGUGCCGUUGAGGUUACGGACCUGCAGUCGCAGCUAGAGGCUCGGGCCGUUGAGGUUGCGGACCUGAAGUCGCAGCUAGAGGCUCGUGCCGCCGAGGUUACGGACCUGCAGUCGCAGCUAGAGGCUCGGGCCGCCGAGGUUACGGACCUGCAGUCGCAGCUAGAGGCUCGGGCCGUUGAGGUUGCGGACCUGAAGUCGCAGCUAGAGGCUCGUGCCGCCGAGGUUACGGACCUGAAGUCGCAGCUGGGGGCUCGUGCCGCUGAGGUGUCGGACCUGCAGUCGCAGCUGGGGGCUCGUGCCGCUGAGGUUACGGACCUGCAGUCGCAGCUAGAGGCUCGUGCCGCCGAGGUUACGGACCUGAAGUCGCAGCUAGAGGCUCGUGCCGUUGAGGUUACGGACCUGCAGUCGCAGCUAGAGGCUCGUGCCGUUGAGGUUACGGACCUGCAGUCGCAGCUAGAGGCUCGUGCCGUUGACGUUACGGACCUGCAGUCGCAGCUAGAGGCUCGUGCCGCCGAGGUUACGGACCUGCAGUCGCAGCUAGAGGCUCGUGCCGUUGAGGUUACGGACCUGCAGUCGCAGCUAGAGGCUCGUGCCGUUGAGGUUACGGACCUGCAGUCGCAGCUAGAGGCUCGUGCCGUUGAGGUUACGGACCUGCAGUCGCAGCUAGAGGCUCGGGCCGUUGAGGUUGCGGACCUGAAGUCGCAGCUAGAGGCUCGUGCCGCCGAGGUUACGGACCUGCAGUCGCAGCUAGAGGCUCGUGCCGCCGAGGUUACGGACCUGCAGUCGCAGCUAGAGGCUCGUGGCGCCGAGGUUACGGACCUGCAGUCGCAGCUAGAGGCUCGGGCCGUUGAGGUUGCGGACCUGAAGUCGCAGCUAGGGGCUCGUGCCGCCGAGGUUGCGGACCUGCAGUCGCAGCUGGGGGCUCGUGCCGCUGAGGUGUCGGACCUGCAGGUAGAGAUAAAGCAGCAGGGAGCGAGGGUUUCCGAGCUAGAGGCUCAGCUGGAGACGCGUGCCGCUGAGGCUUCACAGCUACAGGCCCAGCUUGAUGCCAGCGGUGCUGAGGUAAAGCAGCUGCAGGUUCAGCUGGAGGCGGGAACGGUCCAGUUGCAAGCAGCCGAGCAGCGCUGCAAAGAGGCUGCUGGCACGGUUGCCGCUUUGCGUGCCGAGUUUGCUGAGCUCCAAGCAGCCCGUGAAGCUGAGGCCUCUGCUCUUCAACAGCAGCUCGACGCGUCGCAAAAGCAUGCAGCUGAGCAGGCGGCAGCCGCGGGAGAGCUGCGCGCAAAGCUAGCGUUGCGGUCCAGCGAGCUCAGCGUGCUGCAAGCUGAGCACGAGAAGCGGCUGUCACGGCUGCAGGCUACCGAGGAGCGCUGCGAGGAUGCCGUACGCACUCUUAACUCGGUGCGGGCGGAACUGGCCCUGCAUCAAGCCACUCGUGAGGCUGAAGUCGCCACGCUUCAGCACCAAAUGGACGAGCUCCUGCAGCAGAUUACACAGCAGGAAACCGCUGCAAUUGAGUUGCAGGCGCAGCUUGGGCUGCGUGGCGCUCAGCUGGCAGAGGUGCAGGCUGCGCAUGACGCGAAGGAGUCGCAGCUGCGGGAGGCCGAGGACCGCGGCGCGGAGGCUGUUCGCACGGUUUCGGGGCUGCAGGCGCAGGUCGCGCAGCUGCAAGCGGCUAGCGCAGCCGAGGUGGCUGCUCUCCAGCAGCAGCUUGGGGACUUGCAGGAGCAGGCAGGAGAGCAGGAGGCCUUGGCUAGGGGCUUGGAGACGCAGCUGCAGAAGCGGGAAGCGGAGCUGCUUUCCUUGCAGCAGCGCAGUGAAGCGGACUCACGGACAAUCACCGGCUUGCAAGCGGAACAGGCCAGCCUCCAAGCAGCUCGGGAAGCCGAGUUGGACAGUCUUCAGCAGCAGAUAUCAGCAUGGGAGGCUAAGUAUGCUGAGCGCGACUCUGACGCUAAGGAGCUGCAGGGCCAGCUUGACUUGCGCCGGGCUGAGCUUGGCGGGGUGCAAGCCGCCUACAGUGAGAAGCUGCAGCAGCUGCAAGCCAUGGAACAGAGCAAUGACCAGAUCGCGGCCAUGGCUUCCUCCCUGCAAGCUGAGCUGCGAGACCAGCAAGCGUCCCAUGCCACGGAGGUUGCAGCCCUUCAGCAGCAGCUGGCUGAGCAGGAGUCCGCGGCCCGCGAGCUGCAUUCCCAGCUGAAUGGGUUUCUAGCUGAGCUCAACGCACUGAAGGCCGCGCACAGUGAAGCUCAGGCGCAGCUGCAAAGCUCCGAGCAGCUAAACGCAGAGGCCGCCCAAGCGAUAUCCUCGUUGCAGUCCGAACUUGCAGAGCACCGGGCCGCAUGCGACUCGCAAGUGUCUGCCCUGGUGCAGGAGCUCGCCGACCUGAGGCAGCAGGCAGCCCAGCAGGAGGCUGCUGCAGGGCAGCUUGAGGCGCAGCUGGAGCUACGUGGCAUUGAGCUAGCCGCCCUGCAGGCCACGCUGGAGGAGCAGCAGCUGCAACUGCAAAGCGCCGAGCAGCGCGGAGAGGACGCCGCGCGCUCGGGCUUGGCACUGGAAGAAGGGCUUACUCGGCUGCAGGCGGCGCAUAGCCAAGAGGUGUCAGUCUUGCAGCAGCAGCUUACCGAGCUGCAGCAGCAGGCGGCCGUUGCGGCUGCGCUGGAGAAGCAGCUGGGCACGCAUGAAGCCGCCAUGGCGGAGCUGAAGGGCCUGCAUCAGGCGCGCCUAGCCCAGCAGCAGGAACACUACCAGCUGGUGUUAUCGGGGCUUCAGCAGGAGCUCCAAGAAGUUAAGGCGUCGGCGGCACAGCAUGAGGCGCUGGCUCUCGAGCUGCAGGCGCAGCUGCAGCAGCUGCAGACCGACAAGGAGGUGGAGGAGCAGAGCCUGCGGAGCCUGAUGAGCACCAAAGCCUGGAUGACGGAGGAGAUCCGGUCGCUGCAGGCGGAGCUGAGGGACGCGCGCGCGAAGCUGGCGGAUGCGCCACGUGAGGCCGCGGAGUUGCGUCAGAAGCUGCGCCGCGCUGGGGCGCAGGUCGCAACGCUUAGCGCCCAGCUGGCUGACGCGGUCAUGUCGGCCGCACUUGCAGAGGUGCGCAGUGAAGCUGACGAGCCUGGGGGCCAACCAAGGGCUGCAGGCGCGGACCAGGCUGUAACGUCGUCUGCAGCGAGUGCAGGCAACCGUGGCUCGGUGGCGGACCAGACGGACCUCAUGAUGGAGACGGUGGCUCUGCAUGGCGAAUUGGAUGAGGUGAAAGGCAAGUGCGGCAAGCUGCAGGCGCAGCUGGAUGCGGUUGCAGAUGAGCUUGCGUAUGCAGUCAUGCGGGCAUCGCUGGCGGAGACAGAGCUUGAGCAGCUGCGUGUUAUGCGCGUUGCCUCGGUUGGCGGCAUCGGCAGCGGUCUGGUGCCAACAGCACGGCGGGAUCGGCGGCGUGCGGCGCUGCAGGACAGGAACAUGCCCCCACCUGACCACCUCGGCACCAAGUCCGUUUCGCCCCUGGAGCAGACACGCCACCUGCACAGCUCUCUCAGCACUGUCGCACGCGCUCUGAAUGAGAUGUUUGGGGAGGGAGAAGCGGCCCAGCCGGCAGCCAGCCGCCAGGCCUUGUCAACACUGCGGCCGGCCGUCCUUACCGCACUUCGCAUCACUGAGAACGUCGCCUCGUCCCUGCAGCAGCCGCAACAGCAGGGGCCACAUGCACCUCCUCACCUCCCUGGCAAUGAACCGGCGGCCGCAAGCCGCUCUGAGCUAAGCCGCGCCGGUGCUGCCUACCGCGAUGCACGCGAGGUGUUCGAGCUCCUCCGCAGCGAUGCCGAGGAGCUCAACAGCCGGUUGUGGCGCUGGGGCUGCAGCCUACGUGAGCGGUUGUCUGCCAUGGAGCAGGAACUUACCCGCGUGCUCGCGGAGGCGCUGCCCGGCCAGCCUCGCGCGCUGGAGCAGAUGCUGUCGCAGAAGGGCGCCUACCUCCGCAGCAUGGAGGAGCAGGUGCUUGAGCUGCAGGCGGCGCUGCAGACGGCGCAUGCGCGGCUGCUGCGGCGGGAUGAGCAGGUGGCUGCACUGCAGGACAUGCUGGUGCAGCUGUCGGAGCAGGUGUCGGUGUUUGAGGGCGUGGUGACGCGGUGCGAGCUGCUGAGUGCUGACCUCAUGAGCAAGUCUGGCUCGAAGCCGUAAAAGAUGUUUAGGUGGGGCUAGGGAAGUGGACGGUGGUUUGAGGCUCGAGACGCAUUGCACGUGCAUUGCGUUUUUGUGUCUGUGCUUGUUUUGGACGAUGUGCUGUCAUUCGUUAGGUCUUACUGUGAGUUACUAACAUGCACGUUGCGUGAUCUUGGCAUGGUAAAUGUGCUGCGGACGCUGUUCGAUUACGACUUUGGGCAUAUCACAACGUACAUUCGGACAUGAUGUCUGUGUAUGCCGCUUACAUAUCGCACUACAUGGGGCUUGCUUGUUUUGUACGUGACGUGCGCUUAUUUUGUGCAUGACGUGCGUUAACCUGGGUCACCUGUAGGACUUAUUAGCAGCCAUGGUUGCCACGUUCCUGUGGACAUGGACGUUUAUUCUGUGCACCUCCCGGGGCUUUCCCCGACUGAAGAACUCUCACCCUACAGGAAGCAUUGGACAAACGACGACACGAGGCUGCCUCCAGUAGCUAACCAGAUCUUGGACCCGCGACCGCCAGUAGCACGACAGUUGGACAGCUGUGCUCGGAAAUAUGUAAAGCUCGCAGCUCGUGUAAAGAUGGC